CUACGACAGAUCCCAGAGAGAGCAGAGGGUGCGUUUGAUUUUUGUCUCAGAGCAGGAUGAGUGUUGUGAAGAGAGCCGUGCUGCUGACGCUGCUGCUCGCGGCGAUCGGCAGCUCCGCCGCGGCGGGCCCCGAAGACUGCCACGGUCUGAACGUAACGCUGCAAACUAAAGACAUCCACAAGAUUUUCGGGGACUGGGUCCUGGUCUGGUCCGUCACUGAUCACGACAAAGGCAACGCACUGCUUCCAAAAGUCACCAGCUCCCACGUCGAGUUCAGACUCCGCGAUGACAAGAAGACAGUCAUGUUCACAGAGAGGAACGCGUACACACACCAGUCGUGUGUCACCUACAUCAUCAACAUGACGAUGCCCACUGACCCGCAGGACAGCACCAUGACCACCUUUCCUGGUUCCAUGGAGAAGGACGGACUUCUUGAAUUGUACAACGAGACAGCGACUGUGACUUUCUUCGAGACCUGCCCCGACUGUCUGUCGAUGGUCUUCAAGGACAGCGAAGGACGAUUCCUGCUCAACUACAGGAAGGAUGGGCAUCACCUCAAUGUUCAUAAAUUGAAAGAUGACCACAGCGAUCACCACAAACUGGCCACCUGUCUGGGAUUCCCGGCCGACGCCAAACCGUUCAACUACGACGGAGCUGCAGAUUUCUGUCAUAAGAAAUCAACUGACUGCCAAGGUCUGGAUGUAAAGAUGCAAACAAAAGACAUUCACAAGAUUUUCGGGGACUGGGUCCUGGUCUGGUCCGUCACUGAUCACGACAAAGGCAACGCACUGCUUCCAAAAGUCACCAGCUCCCACGUCGAGUUCAGACUCCGCGAUGACAAGAAGACGGUCAUGUUCACAGAGAGGAACGCGUACACACACCAGUCGUGUGUCACCUACAUCAUCAACAUGACGAUGCCCACUGACCCGCAGGACAGCACCAUGACCACCUUUCCUGGUUCCAUGGAGAAGGACGGACUUCUUGAAUUGUACAAUGAGACAGCGUCUGUGACUUUCUUCGAGACCUGCCCCGACUGUCUGUCGAUGGUCUUCAAGGACAGCGAAGGACAAUUCCUGCUCAACUACAGGAAGGAUGGGCAUCACCUUAAUGUUCAUAAGUUGAAAGCAGACCACAGCGAUCACCACAAACUGGCCGCCUGUCUGGGAUUCCCCACCGAUGCCAAACCGUUCAACUACGACGGAGCUGCAGAUUUCUGUCAUAAGAAAUCAACUGACUGCCAAGGUCUGGAUGUAAAGCUGCAAACAAAAGACAUUCCCAGGAUUUUCGGGGAAUGGGUCCUGGUCUGGUCGGUCACUGAUCACGAAAAAGGCAACGCGCUGCUUCCAAAAGUCACCAGCUCCCACGUCGAGUUCACACUCCGUGAUGACAAGAAGACGGUCAUGUUCACAGAGAGGAACGCGUACACACACCAGGCGUGUGUCACCUACAUCAUCAACAUGACGAUGCCCACUGACCCGCAGGACAGCACCAUGACCACCUUUCCUGGUUCCAUGGAGAAGGACGGACUUCUUGAGGUGUACAACGAGACAGCGACUGUGAAUUUCUUCGAGACCUGCCCCGACUGUCUGUCAAUGGUCUUCAAGGACAGCGAAGGACGAUUCCUGCUCAACUACAGGAAGGAUGGGUAUCACCGCAAUGUUCAUAAAUUGAAAGCAGACCACAGCGAUCACCACAAACUGGCCGCCUGUCUGGGAUUCCCCACCGAUGCCAAACCGUUCAACUACGACGGAGAUGCAGAUUUCUGUCAUAAGAAAUCAACUGACUGCCAAGGUCUGGAUGUAAAGAUGCAAACAAAAGACAUUCACAAGAUUUUCGGGGAAUGGGUCCUGGUCUGGUCGGUCACUGAUCACGAAAAAGGCAAGGCGCUGCUUCCAAAAGUCACCAGCUCCCACGUCGAGUUCACACUCCGUGAUGACAAGAAGACGGUCAUGUUCACAGAGAGGAACGCGUACACACACCAGGCGUGUGUCACUUACAUCAUCAACAUGACGAUGCCCACUGACCCGCAGGACAGCACCAUGACCACCUUUCCUGGUUCCGUGGAGAAGGACGGACUUCUUGAGGUGUACAAUGAGGUAGCGACUGUGACUUUCUUCGAGACCUGCCCCGACUGUCUGUCAAUGGUCUUCAAGGACAGCGAGGGACGAUUCCUGCUCAACUAUAGGAGGGAGGGGCAUCACCAGGAUGUUCAUAAGUUGAAAGCAGACCACACCGAUCACCACAAACUGGCAGCUUGUCUGGGAUUCCCCGGCAACGCCAACCCGUUCAACUACGACGGAGCUGCAGAUUUCUGUCAUAAGAAAUCAUCCCCGGAGGUGAAGCCAGAAGCGUCCUGAGUGAAGACGUUGGAGCAAAACAAUCAUAUUUCAGAUAUGUCCUCCACCAAUACAAUAAAAGCAAAUACUAAAACCUG